AUGUCCUUCCGAUGUCCGACCCACCUGUGCAUGCUAUUGUCUGAGUCAAGACAGGCAGCUUGUUGGGGGUUUCUGUUUGCGCGGGUACAUACCGUCCGAGGCAUCAUAGCUUCAUCCUUGCUCUACCAUUGGAUUUCUGUUUCUAUCUACGUCCGAGCAUCAAACGUAUGCGAGUCAAUCUUUAGGUGUUUUGAUUUUAGAUAUUGUUACUUGUCGAUCCUCCAGGCACGCGCUACAUACCAGAAGCCCCUUUGUCCUCGAGACCGCGUUGUCAUACUACUUUGUUGGUGGCUUAGGUCCAAUACAGAUGUGUGCAUCGAUGCUCAAAAACUAUCCGACUGACGUGUCUGUACUUGUUCAUCUGCUUACCUCUCAGCAAAUUACAGGGAUAGCAUUGAUUCCUCGCUAGAGCUCUCAUGAUCGUAACCUUCAAAUGUUUGUAGUUAACCCAGAAAUUUAAUACACAGUUGCGGUUGCGGUUGGGGUCGCAUUAGUGCCCCCGGGUGACUGAGCAUGCACCUAAUAUUAAUAAUUGUAUGUCUGAUUUGAGCUGCUCUUGGAGGACGAGAGUAGAUACUACAAGUGUUAGAAUUGAAGGGGCAGACAAAACAAAUCGACCCGCCACGCCACAGUGCCUAAGACCAUCUCAAUAUUAACAGUAUACGCAAUAGCCAGUACACACAUGGUAGGUUGGUACCGUUUCAAGAAUAGCGUGUAGCUCCGUUCAAAUACCUAGGAGCACCCUUUUUUUGCAUGACUUCCACAAAUAUUGUGUGAGAGAUAAAUCUUACGGGUCUACAAUACGAAAAGGCCUUGCGACAAUUAUGUCAGUCGCGGGGUUUGUCUGUGGAUCAUUCCGAAUUAGUGUAUGCAUAUUGCGCCGGAUCAAAUUGCGACAAUCCUAGUCGUUGCUACCAAGCUCAACACAUUGCCUUGGAAAUGAGAUCUCAUGCUUGUGUACCCAACACUUCCCAUCGACACGAAUAUGGGUUCAGUUGACCCUAACAUGUUGAUCUACUUAUAUGGUGUUGUCGCACUGAAGAAUACCUUGACAAGGUAAAUCACGAUCGCCAGGUCUAUCAUUCUGCUGAGUAUUGGAAGGGCGCGCGCCAGUGACUUCAAGCCGACUCCUUUGUUUGCGGGACAGCAUAUACGCUUUCUUUGGAGCGCUGAUUGUGUCACAAUCUCGAGGUCAAAAACACAAUCGCAUUCAAUGUGAUACAAGCUGCGAUCUAU